CCAAUACAAUCAGCAUUGGGGGUAUUUGAUUGAACUAGGGUUUGAACUUUGAGUGGCGUUGUGCAGGGAUCCAUAUCUCCACAGGCAAGAGCUUCUGCUUCCCCGGUACUCCCAUACAUAGGGUCCCGACCGGAGAAACUUGCGACAAGGAGGAGAAGACGACGAAGAAGAGAAUCAACAGUGAAACUGAAAAACUGAAACAGAUGAAAUGGUGAAAGCAAGUAGAACCUUUCUUAGGGAUGCCAGUACCAUCAUCAACAAGACUUUAUCAGAGAUUCUUGUCUGCCCACUCACUAAGCAACCCUUGAGGGUGUGCGAGGAAUCUAAUUCCCUAAUCAGUGUCGCGCUUGGAGUUUCUUAUCCUAUUGUUGAUGGAAUCCCUUGCCUGGUACCAAAGGAUGGAAAAUUGCUUGAGACAGACGACUUAUCUGCAACUGAUGAUGUUGCUGAUUCUUCUCUGUCGAACAAUGAGGGUGGUUAUCAAGGGGGUAAAGACAGAAUUCCCUUCAGAGAGAGUUCACAAUAAUUUCAUUUACUCUCUCUUUUUGUAGGAGGAAAUAUUUUGUUCCCAUUUUAAUUUACGUUAUGUGAGAUUUUGGUUUUCUUGUUUCA